CGUAUAAGAAUUGGACGAGCGCUAGGGUUCCACCCUCUCUUCUCUCCCCCCUCCCUGCGCCGCCGCCUCCGUCCGUUGUAGCACAAGCUUGCGCCGCCUCCUCCGUCGUCCCAUCCCCAACAGCCGAAGAAAGCAUGGACACGCAGGUGAAGCUCGCGGUUGUGGUCAAGGUGAUGGGCCGCACGGGGUCGAGGGGUCAGGUGACCCAGGUGAGAGUCAAGUUCCUGGAUGACCAGAACCGUCUCAUCAUGAGGAACGUCAAGGGACCCGUCCGUGAGGGGGACAUCCUCACCCUGCUCGAGUCUGAGCGGGAGGCCAGGAGGCUGCGCUAAGAAAUUUCUUCCUUCAUACCUGUCUGUCUUCGGGAAGAAGAAUGCUGUACUGUUGCCUUCUUAGUCUACUGCUUUCGUUAUUUGCCUAGCUAUGUGGAGGUGUAAUGAGUCUUGUUCUGUUGCCUAAAUUAAAGUGCACUUGAUGUUGUGAGACUUGAUCAUUGUUGCAGACCUCUUGGUAAUAUGAACCGUGAAUCGUCUAUAUUAGAUCCUAUAUGAUUUGAAAUCA